AGCCAUCACAGCCUCAGCUCUCAUCAUCUAACAGUUGCCUUUGAGUUUCAGCAUGGCGAGCAUGAAGUACUUCGUGUUCGUUUUCUUGGCGUUGGAGCUGGCUGCUGCCGUUCGCCCCUCUCACGAUCUGCACGAGAAAGCCACAGCAGCCACGGUGUCGUUGCAUGCCCAGUCGCAUGCAGAGUCGCAUUCGUCGCACGCGUCAAAGUCGAAGCUGGCGGAAGAGGAGGAGGGCAAGCCGUGCUGUGGCUGCAAAGUGAAGAGUAUUUUGGGCUUUGCCAGGUCCUGUGACGGAACACCUGGUAGAUACGGAAUGGAGACCUGUGGUGGUGAGAGGGCAUCAUCAUGCGACAACAGUUUCAAAAUGUCGGGCGAUGAAUAUUCAUGUUGGACAAAGACAUCUGGAUGUGAGCCGCCCUCUAAAUUGCCAUAGUAUCUUCACCUGAAAGGUACCUGGUAUCUUGUGCACAUGGCGUUGCAAGAGAAUCCGACAGCACCUCCAGUUUCAAUGUGAGAUCAAAAGUGCCCCGUCCAAGCCCUGCUAUGGUGAAUCAUUUGGCUCGUUGCAGUUGUGGUGAUGAGUCUUGAA